AUGGAUAUCAAACUCAUGGACCAAAUCAUUCACUUACUCGCCAACGGCGAAGAGGUUAUCGACGUGGAUGAGGAAUCAUUUCUCCUCUUCGCACAAGACAUCCCAAGCAAUAACCUAGGGAUGCUCAAUCCCCGUGCACCAUCAGUAGAGAUCUCUAUCAAUGGCAAUGAAUACACAAUUCACCAAUCACCAUCAUUACUCUCUUCCCAUCGGGCAGGAGGUACUACAGGGGCCGGUAAGUACGGACUCCGGUACGGAGUACACAGCUCGCAUGAUCUACACCAGUUCCUUUGUGAUUUGUCCCCGGAAUCCCCAGAGACCAUCAAACCCAAGCACGGACUUCUCCGCAAGUCUUUUACCCGAGUCCGAAGUGCCCAGACCAGGCCCCCGAGGGUCAAGGCGUCGAAUUCUCAAGUCGUUCUAUCCCGCUUCCUAUGGAAAAUUACCCCCCGAUUCGCGGAAUGGAUAACCAAUUCCUCAAACCCGCUCUGGACAACAUCCCUCCUGAGCCAGAUCUCAACAGUGGCCGAACUCGGGACCGGGAUCUCAGCGCUAGUCGCCCUCGUCCUGGCCCCCUCCGUACGCCACUACAUUGCCACAGACCAGGAAUACGUGCGCAAAUUGUUUCGGACGAACCUUGACGCCAAUGCGUCCGUCGGUGUCCCUUCUAGCAACAGCAAAGCAAAAGGCAAGAACAAGGGAUCCAAAUCAUCCAAAUCCAAAUCAAACUCAACCUCGACCGUCAAACCUGCUGAUAAUAUCUCCUUCACAACGCUGGACUGGGAGACGGACCAGGCUGCCUCACUGAAGGAAUGUAUGAAUUCCAACGAGGCCCAUGGCCAGGAUGAAGAGGAACAAGGGGAGGAAGAUAAAGGCUUCGACCUCCUCCUUUCCUGUGACUGCAUAUACAACGAAGCACUCGUUGCACCGUUCGUGCGCACCUGCGCCGAGAUCUGUCGACUCCGUCCGGCAUAUGUGGCUGGUUCUGGAGAACCGCGCCCGCGCCGUAAACCCACGGUUUGCAUUAUCGCGCAGCAGCAGAGGUCGCCAGAUGUGUUUGAGACUUGGCUUCGGGAGACAAUGCGGGAGUUUCGGGUUUGGAGGUUGAGUGAUGAUGUACUCGGGGAGGGAUUAAAGAGUGGCUCUGGAUAUUUGGUACAUUUGUUAUUGGUCAGAGAUAAAUAG